AUGCUCGGCCAAUUGAGCAGUUAUUUUCCAUUCCCAAAUCGAAGUAAUACCUAGUUAGAGGACUUGAUGUCACUUUCUACAAUUAAUGAGGCUGAUGCGCCGAAAAAGCUAAAAAGGUGGUUCAAGUCAGAACAGAUUUCUUUAAAAACAAGCGAUAUUGAUGGAGCAAAACCCUAUUUAAGAGGUUAUGAAUUCAUCAACAAGCCAGAUUUUAUAAAUUUUACAGAAGAUAUAGACAGAACGAAGCCAGCCAGACUCCACCAGCCGCUUAAUAAGCCUUAUUUUAGCUUGAUGACUCAUGAUAUUGAUAAAGCAACCCCUAAAAAAGGUGAGUUUAUCACUACUCGAAUCGGGACAAAUCCGCUUCAGCCAGUCUAUAACCUACCAAGCUUUGAAAUAAGGCCAGUAACUCCUCCAAAGUUCGUCAGAGACCAAAUAGCAAUUGACGAUAUUAAAGGCACAAAACCCGAAAAAUACUUCAAAUGGGCUCAACGUGACAAUAUGAAUGUCAGAGAUAUUGAAGGGGCCAAGCCAAAGCCAGAAAGGCAUUUAGUUAAGCCUAAUUUUAUGGACACCAGAGACAUAACAAAAAGUGACAGCUCAAUUAGCAAUAGAGUGACGAACCCUCUUGACCCAGAAUAUAUAGUUAAAAAUGAAGAAGGAAAAGUAAUGCCUUAUGGGUUUGUGGAUGGGAGCAAGCCGAGAAAACUCAUUAAGACAGAAAUAGAAGUUCACCGUUCAAAUUUAAACACUGAUGAUAUUGACGGAGCAAGGCCAGGGACUGUUGGAGUUUUAGUAAGAGAAAGAAGGCAACAAAAAGAUGGAAUCGGAAUCAAUGACAUUGAUAAGUCUCAAUCUGGAAGCUUAAAACGUGGAAUAUCAACAAAUAGAAAAACAAAUCCGCUGAAUCCUGUUUAUACCUGGCAAACUGAAGAAGUCAACCAAGAAGCAAAUUUGCCAGUUAAUGAAGCCUCAAAAAAGCCUGGAUACAAGAGAUGUGAAGAAAACUUUUGGGGUGUAACGCCUUCACCUUCUACAAAGCCUUCUGCAAGACCGCAUACCGCAGCACCACAGGUUGCGACCCAUACAAUUGAUCCAGAUUUUACUAGAAAUUUGAAUAAGUUCUAUUUGGCAAGUCCAACAGGAACUCCAGCUGUUAUGGAGCAGGAGCUAAAAAUAAACACUGAAAAGUUCUUCAACAAUAGUGGCUCUAAAGAUAUAAACCCCAACUCUCCAAUCAAUAAUCUUCCGCUAAUAAACAAGCAAAGACCUCCGAUACCUAGAGUAGACCUUCAGUCUGAAGAGUAUCAAAAGAACUCUGCAGCAUUUUUUGAUGCCCAAAGUAAUGGCUCACUUCACAGCAACAAUAAUUCUUCGGAAAGCAAAAGGCUAUAUUCGGCAGGAUCAAGACCGAAAUCAUCCCUUAGCAUUGACCAGAAAAAUUACAAGUUUGGGCUUUCACGUGCUGAUAUAGGUAGACCUUCAGAUAAUAUAUUAUCACAGACAGAGGCGAAAGCUGGAACUCCUGUUUCUCGUCCUAGGCCAAUGAGUUCAAUUUCGAGAUCGUCGUACAAUUCAUCUCAAAAGUAA